GCUUGGUCACCACACUUGAUAGUACCGGUACCUGUAUUUACAACAUCUUGGGCAUCGAAUCGAUCAGAACGAGCACAGUAUGGUGAAACGGAAAGCCCAGAAGCCAGAAGCUGGGCAGGGGAAGAUUAAUAAUUUCUUCCAGCCCAAGAAGCCAAGGAAACCAGAAGUUGUUCCGGAUUCUCCAAGGAUAGGGGAGGUAUCGGCAUCUAGCACCAAGAGCAGUUCAGCUGCUCGCAGGCGGCUGGAUUUCGGUGGGGAGGACGGGGACACACACCAGCUGAUGCAAAAUGCAAGAAAGGAAGUGCAGACUCUUAUGCCAGGAGGACAAGCGCUUUGCACUCAUGAUCGUGCAACUGCGAAAAGACCAGCUCUGGCAUUGGAAGAAUUUGGGGUUUCAGCUGGGAAGCCUGAUGGUGAUAGAGGGGUCGUGUCGCCUGAGAAACCAACAAUCGACAGGGCAACAUUUCCAACAACGCCAACAACGCCAACUUCUAAAACAGGGGUAUCCAAGAAACACUCGGACAAUGACAGUCAAAGAAAGGUGACACCCGUCAAGGCGUCGAAAACGCAAGAGCAAAGGCAACAGUCAGGUAUCAAAGCAGUGACACCAACACCAUCACGACGAUUGAAAGAGCCAGAAACCAAACAUAAAUCGACAAAGCCAUCAGCAAUGUCCCCUCGGAAUCUUGCCCCCCUUUUCUCCCAGGAUGCCGGCACAAAGAAAGACAAAGAUAAGUUAAACUGGGAAAAGCAUCGAAGAGAUUUGCUGGAAAAAUUCAAAGACAACAAGUAUCUGCUCGAACACCACUUGGGACAGCUUGAGCGAGAGCGAGAUAUGGUUUCAGCUGCCGAGCCAAAGUUGAAUGAAGGAGGGAAUGCUACGGCUGAAAGUGGUACCCGUAGCGUUCAGCUCACAGCUGAACAAUUGAAGAUAGCAGAACAUCCUCCGCAUAUUCCGUUGUCAGUGAGAGCUGGCGCAGGUACUGGCAAGACACAAACGAUGGUAUCACGCGCUGUCAAACUUGUUACGCUCCAUGGCCUUGAUCCCGCAAAGUUGCUCAUGUUGACCUUCACAAAAAAGGCAGCCGGUGAGAUGAGGGAACGAGUCAAAUCAGAAUUCAGUGUGGUGGCUCAACAAGAAGGAAACGAAAAAACUUUCGAGCUCCCUACUGUGAAGACGUUCCACUCUUUGGCGUAUAGUUGGAUACGACCCUUCUGGAAGCAGUGCGGCCUGGGCAGCUAUCCGAGCUUGUUAGUAACCAAGGCUCAACAGAAAGCCUUCAUGAAGGAAGUCAUCCAUUCGCAUAUAAAAGACUCACAGCUUCAGCGAUGCUACAAAUUCCUUGGCCUGCCACCUGCUGAGACCCGAGCUUCAUGGGACACCGUCAUCCGCAUUGUGAAAGAAAGAUUCCCCGAGAAGUACGCUAGAGCACGCGCGAGAGGAGAGGCAGACCUUUCCGCCAAGAACGGAAAGAAGCAAGGAAAAAGCCAGCAACAGCAGUCAGCAUCACCGGGGAGCAAUCAGCAAAAGCCGACUGCGAAGCAAGGCUCCAAGAAUUCAGCCAAUCCGUCUAAAAGGAAACAAUCUGCGGCUCAGAAGCAGAAGGCGGCAGAGCUUGAACUGCUUCUACAAUCCAAAAUCCAACGACAUUGUUAUCUGGAACUAUUGCUUGUCAGUAGGAAUAAUGCAAAAUCGCAAGUAGAGUGUGACAUUGAAAGGCAGUGGGGAGGAGAACAUGCUGAGACGACCUAUUUGAAACUUGUUGAGAGGGCAAGGUUGGGUCAACACAACCUUGCUGAUUAUCUACCAAAAGACGAAGCAAUUCUCCGACGGUACGAAAACAUGCAGGUUCGGACCGGCAAAAUUGACUUCGACAAGAUGCUGGAGCUCUUCGGAGGCCUUCUCCGAAACCAUGAAUGGAUUGCCAACAUGUUCCAUAAUGUCUUUGACUAUGUCAUUGUUGACGAAUAUCAAGACAACUCCAAGGUCCAAUCAGAGCUUCUGCAACAAAUUGUGAAGAAGGGGGGAGUGACGGUAGUGGGCGAUGAUGAUCAAUGCAUUUAUGCGUUUCGAGGUGCCUGGCCUGGCAAUUUUGAGGCAUUCUCAGGUUACUAUGCAUCAUUUGGCGAAGUCGCAGAAGCAAAGUUGGAAGAGAACUAUCGAUCUACGGGCAAUAUCUUGCAAGCAGGUGGCGGAUUCCUUGAGGACCUGACGAAACCAACACGGAAGGUUCUUCGUCCCACACGAGGAAGUGGCGAGAAGGUGGCACUCUGGACAUGUCGAACAGCUGAAUCACAAGCUCGACAAAUAGCAGAGUCGAUCAGAAAAAGACACGACGGCAAUGAUAAAGUUCAAUGGGGGGAUACUGCGUGUUUGUUCCGCUGUUUUCGGAUGGGACCGCAAGCUCCGUUGCAUUAUGCUCUUCAACAGCAACUGGGAGUACUGAAAAUUCCCUAUAAGAUAGUUGGGGGGCAGUCUCUUCUUGCAGGAGAGCAGAGCUGUGACGUUCUGGCAUAUCUUACCCUUACCUUGACGGGGACCAGAGAACGCAUGAACGACGAUGCAUUUGCACGAGUGCUGAACAAGCCUUCUCGGAAGAUUGGCAACAAGGCCAUGGAUCUGAUAAAGGCCCAUCAAUCUGCAAUGACGGCAAAAGAGGCAGCUUCGAAACCUUUUGACGUUGCAACAACCACGGUGUGCCUUGAGGAGGCAGGCAGAGCAUUGCUACGACUCCCUGGGGGCGACCAGGUACUGUCCAAAAGCCAGUUGGAUGGCCUUGAAAAGUUCUUCCAAUUGAUCGGUGAACUUCGUGCCGCAGCGCUCAGUAGAAAGCUCCCCGAUUUGCUGCAUUUUAUAUGGGAAAGAACAGGUCUCCAUGAACUGCACAAGAACAAGGAAAAGAAAAAGGCUGACAAGAAGGAUGCAUCGAAGGGUUACGAAAGUUACAAGUCAAACGGUAAUGAAGAGAAAGACGCGGCGUCCUCAAAAACUGCGACAGACAAACCGGUUCUAACCGCUCAAGUCAAAGCCCUUCUUGCCGUUGCCGAAGCUCAUGUUAGAGAACGGGUAAGGCGUGAGGACAGGAGGUCCCAGUCGAUUGGAUUAAAGUCGCUUGCGAGCCUAGCAUCCGAGUGUUUGAUGAAAAAUGCUGCGGCUCUGAAACAUGACCAACUUCCGCAAGUUGUUCUUCCGCCACUGUUGCUGGAUGAGCUGUACAUGGAAGGAGGUAUUGGUUUGGCAACAGUGAGCAGCUUCUUGGAAGACAUGGCAUUGCAGAUGGAUGAUACGGAGGGCGGCUUAGAUGGCAAACAGGAUAACAGAGUUACGCUCUGCACAAUCCACCGGGCGAAGGGAUUGGAGUGGAACGACGUAUAUGUUCCAUUCUUCAACGAGGAAUACAUGCCGACAUCAUUUCAAGAUUUCGACAGUCACUAUCUUCCAACUCGUCAUCAACGCGGUUGCCAUGCUCGUGUUCCCGGCUGUGUCAUCCCCUGUUCCAUGAAUUGCAAAGACUAUUACACCUGCAAAGACGAGAAAGAGCGAGGAAUAACAGCAGAAGACUUGCACAUGGAUGAAGAAAGAAGACUAGCACACGUUGCUGCUACACGGGCCAAGAAUCGCCUUGUUUUUGUGUCCACGUAUGAGGACAACAACAGCAGACGUUGCGAGACUUCCAGUUUUGACAGUGAAUUGCCAGCGAGAAUCAUAGAUAGGCGGAAUGUCGGCUAUUUCGGGGGAUGAUGAGCAGCAUGUCACAUCAAAACGGUUGAUGGGCUCUGGGGUAUUCGUUUUCGUGACUUGCCCGUAACCGUUCCGGAGUGGGUUGGGGUGUUGACGGGUGAGUGUAAGGGGUGAGGCAUGCUUGUUCUUCUUGCAUUCGUAAUAAGAGAAAAGGCACAGAGACUGGAUGCAAAUCGAGGGCUGAUGGCAACGAUGAAACUACAGUAGCUACAGUUAUUUGCGUCGGGAUUGUCCAUGGCUCUGCAAACUAAAAAAGAAAAAGUGCGUCGAGAACUGAUCGCUGGCUACCAGUGGUCCGGUACCGGUACCAGAUAUAGAAGCCCUUGCUUCCACUUUGUGCUUGCAUGCCACAGACAAGGUCUCUGCCAAUGCAACCAAGCCGGGGAUCUCUUCUCUUCUCUACUAUCCUAGCUAGCUAGAAGACAUCUGCAGCUGAAAGAUAGAGCAGCAGGAGUGCAUGGCCGUGCUGAAAUGGUCGACUCGACUCCCGUUCAAGUUGAGGAAACAGGUCACAGUGAGCUCAGGUGACGUCUUGUUCAGGACCGAUUGGAAUCCGAAUCGAAUGAUUGAUUCGAAUUCAACGAAUCGAAUCGAAUCAAUCAUUCGAAUCUUUUCCUCACCAUGUCGAGAUCUUCGUGGGU